AUGCACAUAGAAAUCGUGAACAGCAGGCUGACGGCAGCUGAGGCUGGGCGGCCGGACGGCUGGGAGGCUAGGCCAAAAUUAAAAAAACGAAUGCGGUUACGGACACGCGGCCGCGGGGCCGCAACGCCGCGGGGCCGCAACGCCGCCGCGCGGCCCGCCGGGGCGCGCUUCCGCGCCGGAUGCGGCCCGCGCUUUGUGCCACCGCCUAUUGUCCAACCACCAGCUUUUCGCCUCCGCGUGAUCGCCGACGGUGAUGCCUUCGGUGGAUUUGAAUCUGCGCACGCGGAUUUAGGUCGCAUGCAUAUUAACACAUCGAAGGCUCCCCGGGCCUUAACACAGCUCCGAAGACACCUAUUUAUAUUUAUAUUGAUUUAUCAGCUGCAGGACUUGCAGAGAACAAAUAACCAGAAAAACAUUGAGUGCAGGAUAUUAAACGGCGCGUCCCGCUUGCCGCGUGAACGAUGGGCGCUCCCUCGCCACCAUUCCCGCACCGAACUCCGCUGUCCGUCUUCAGUUUUGCUUCCGCGGUGGUGCACCAGCCAGCUGGUAUUCCUGGUGGAGCCGCCGCCGCGACUGGCAUUCUCAAACAGCAGCGGCGCACGCGCCUCAUGCGCCGCGCACGGCACGCCGCCGCCCCUCAUCACCUGGCUCACCGAGGACGGCGUGCCCGUAACCGACGUGCCGCAUCUCAGAGAGGCACUUCCCAACGGCACCUUGCUACUGGCGCCGUUCUCCGCAGAGCAGUACCGUACCGACGUGCACGCAGCCGUCUACCGCUGCCGCGCCGCCAGCGCCGCGGGGACCAUCAUCUCUAGGGACACGAGGCUGCAUGCAGUGAUGGACGUGGAGUGGGAAGCGCACGCGCAGGCGUCGACGAGCGUGGCGGGCGGCGCGGCGUUGCUCACGUGCGUCGUCCCGGGCACCGUGCGCGCACACGUCGCCGUCACCGCCUGGCUGAAGGACGGCGAGCCGCUCGCGCCCAUAGCUGCCGAAGCUGAGGGCCGGUACAUUAUCGGCGGCGGCCGCGGCGACCUGCUGGUGGUUCGCGACGCGCGGCCCGACGACGCGAGCGCCUACGCCUGCGAGGCCCAACACGCGCUGACCGGAGCGAAACGCCGCAGCGCCCCGGUCAACUUAUCCGUCUCUCACUCUACUGGAAGCAUGGCGCCGCGAAUGUUGACCGUAUCGGUUGAUGAAACCGUCUUCCAAGGAGAAGACAUGAGACUUGUUUGCUGCGCCAUCGGCAGUCCACCGCCCUCGUAUAGUUGGUUCCGCCACAGCAACGGGCGCCUGAGCCCCGUGUCGAACAGCAUCCGUGUCUCGGUGUCGGAACAGGUGCUGAUCAUCAGGCGGGCGCAGCCCUCGGACGCGGGCCUCUGGACGUGUCGCGCACACAACCAGUAUGGCGAGCAGAGGAGGGACGCCAGACUCACAGUUCGCUCAAGAUUGGCCGUUAGUGUUCAGCCGCAGUUGCAGGUAGCGAACUCCGGUAGCUCAGUGACGUUCAACUGCUCGGUGGAGGGCGAAGCGCGCGUGCGCUGGCUACACGACGGCGUGCCGGUGGGCGGCGGAGAAAGGGUGCUGCGCGUGCACAGCGUGGCGCGCGCGCACCGCGGCAUGUACCAGUGCGUCGCGGAGAGAGACCUCGACAGUGCGCAGGCAUCCGCUGAACUGCGUCUUGGAGACACAACACCCGAGCUGCAUUACACAUUCAUCGAGCAAGCUUUGCACCCUGGGCCAGCACUUGCCUUACACUGCGUGGCCUCAGGCUCUCCGGCACCUAGGUUCACCUGGCUUCUGGACUCGCAGCCCAUUGAGGAACAUUCCACACCGCAAAGAAGUAUCACACAGUUCAUGAACUCGAACGGCGAUGUUGUUAGCUAUUUGAACCUGACAUCCGUCCGACCCGAGGACAGCGGCCGCUACACUUGCCGCGCGCAAAACUCCCGAGGAACCGUGGAGCACUCUACCAGACUCAAUGUGUAUGGACCUCCAUCAAUCAGGAACGUAGGCCCGAUCCGAGUGGUCGCCGGCGCCAACACAACCAUCUACUGUCCCUAUUCCGGAUUUCCAAUCAGUGAGAUCCGUUGGCAACGAGGUGGUUUAGACGUCAGUACUACCGGCGGGAGAACCCUUUCAGGCACAAGCGGGGAGUUGCUGCUGUGGCCGGCGGAACAAGCUGAUGCCGGCAUGUACACGUGUCGCGUCUCGGCGCCUUCUGGCCAAUACGCUCAAAAAAAUAUCCAGAUCUUUGUCAGAAAUCCGCCAAAAAUAGCAGGAUUUUCGUUUCCAAUGGAUUUAGUUGAAGGCAGUUCUGUCCAAGUACUGUGCGGAAUAACGUCAGGAGACAAGCCUGUAUACUUUUCUUGGCUGAAGGAUGGACAGCACAUACCUUCAGGUUUAGGGGUUCAAGAAAAAUCACUAAAUGAGUUCAGUUUUCUCAUCUUUUCUCAUGUGACGUCAAAACAUAGCGGUGAAUACACAUGUGUCGCCAGUAAUUCUGCAGCUGAAGUUAACCACACUGCAAGAUUGGCAGUUAAAGUGGCACCGUCGUGGUUGAUUGAACCACAAGAUGUAUCUGCACUAUUAGGCACUCAAAUAUUAGCUCAUUGUGCCACAAAAGGUUAUCCUGAACCGAGAGUUUCGUGGCUUAAAGGACACGGAUCCGGUGUGGGAGACUUCAGGCCAGUGUCAAAUAUGGAUCUGCAAUACGCAGUGUUGUCGAACGGGUCCCUGAGCAUCUCGCCGGCAGCCCAUCACCACGAGGGCCAGUACAUGUGUCGAGCAGAGAAUGGGAUCGGCCGAGGGCUUACGAAAAUUAUUACAGUAUCUGUUAAUGAGCCUGCACACUUCGAAUUCUCAUCCCGCAAUAUGACAGUAAAACGUACAGCACAAGCAAAUUUGCAAUGCGAAGCCAGAGGAGACCCGCCUAUUCAGAUGCAAUGGACACACAACAUGAAGAGAGUCGAUUUAACAACAUACAGGGUGUCUGUAUCAGAAAAAAGAUCAGAAAGUGGUGCUAGCUCCCAGUUAAGUAUAGCGCACGCAGAGCGUCAAGACUCUGGCGUAUAUCGAUGUCGAGCUGAAAAUGCCUAUGGGAGGGAUGAAUUGCUUAUCUACUUAGCUGUUCAAGAAUUCCCAGAAUCUCCACGAAGUCUCCAUAUAUCCCGACGGGAAGCUCGUGGCGCGACUAUAGCCUGGCGCCGAGGCUACGACGGUAACGCCCGAGUACACGUCUACAGAUUACAGUACAGAGUCGUAGGCGACAGACACAGGACGGAAAGAGACGAUUGGACAUUGGCUCCCACCAGAGAUAUACCGGCAGAUAGAGUCCAUGAAAGACAGGAAUCUUUCGAGCCAGGUGCUGAUAUAAUUCUCGAAUAUAGAGUGGAAGGCCUGCGACCGGCCACGGCGUAUGCGUUGAGGUUGUCAGCCGUCAACGCUAUCGGAGACAGUGAAUAUUCAGAUCCUGUCAUUGUGCAAACGUUACAAGAAGCACCGUCUGAGCCUCCGCAUAAUGUGCAAGUUCAAGCAUCGGCUCCAGGAGAGUUGCUUGUCAAAUGGCAGGCCCCACCACAAGAUUCUUGGAACGGCGAACUCUUAGGCUAUGUAGUGACGUGGAGAGAAGCUGGCGCCAGCGAGAAUGUGUCUCAAGCGCUUACAACGUCUGGGUGGGGAGCGACGCAGGCCGUCAUAGUAGCUCUUAGAACUCAUGCACAUUACGAGGUUAGGGUGCGUGCGUUCAAUGCCGUUGGUGCAGGUCCGCCGUGUUCUCCUCUUACCGCCACUACGCUUGAAGGAGUACCAGAAGCGCCACCAGAAAGGGUUCGGUGUGAACCUUUAUCUGCGCAAUCCAUUCGAGUGUGGUGGGAGGCUCCUCCUAUGAAUUUACGCGGUGGUACUCUUCUAGGUUACGAAUUACUUUUCGAGGCAGUAGACAACCUAGAAGCUCAAGUCGAGACUCGAAGAUCUGGUUCAAUGGAAACUGUUUUACAAUCGCUCCUGCGAGCUACGAAUUAUUCCAUCACAGUGAGGGCGAGGACUUCCGUCGGAGCCGGUCCUGCUUCUCAACCAAUUUUUUGCACAACUCACGAGGACAUUCCAGGGGCACCGGCCGACAUCAAAGCUCUCGCAAGUUCAGAAGACUCAAUCGAAGUGAGUUGGUUAGCACCAACGCAAAAGAAUGGCAAGAUCAAGCACUAUACAGUUUACAGUCGACCUCAGAGAACGAGCCAGCAUCACCGGCUAACCGUGGUACACAAGGACAACGAAGACGAGUACCACGUGGAGGUGAGCGGGCUUCAGGAGCAACAAGUUUACGAGUUCUGGGUGACCGCGUCUACGUCCUCGGGGGAAGGCGAGACGAGCGCGGUCGUCGCCAGGAAACCGAACGGACGAGCGCCAGCGAAAAUUACCUCGUUCGGACGCGGCGUUACCGCCGCUCUGGGCGCCCGAGUGCGGCUGGUCUGCGACGCGGUCGGCGUCCCGCCGCCGCUGAGGACGUGGAGCCGGCGGCGCCCGGCGCCCGCCGUCGCGCGCGACCCGCGGCUGCUGCUGGAGGGCGACGCGCUCGUCAUCCCGAGAUCAAAACCGGCGCCAGAAAAAGACCUGAUUUCCGCAAACAGCACAUGCGUACGUCUGAAUCUGCUCACAUGGGACAGUAAUGGCUGCCCUUUGACGCAAUUUCACAUUUCUUUAAGAAAUAUUGAAGAUGGGGCUUGGCGCUCGCAGACAGUCCCCGCAGCGGCCGCUGCUGAAGCUAUGACGCUAUGCGAACUGACACCGGCUACAUGGUACCAGUUAAAAAUUAUAGCCACAAGUGCUGCUGGGAUCACGCCUGGGAACUAUUAUUUCUCCACUUUGACGGAAGAUGGAGAACGCAUACCGGCGCCGGCACAAUUCCCACCAGAUGGCGAAACUAGUUCAGAGCAUACGACAGUCGUGCUGGCGGCCGCCGGAUGCGCGUUAGUAGCCACCUUGCUGCUGUUGGCCUGGUUGGCGUGGAGAAGAAGUCCGUCGAUUUUUUGCCUGAGGAAGGGCUACGAACAAGGAGACAUAUCAGAGGACGAGGAGAAGUCGGUGGAGAAGCGAGACAACCGACGCAACUGCCAACAAGUGUACACCUCUUCGCCAAUCAAACAUCCAAACGGAAAGAAGGAGCAGCAAGGUAGUAGUGCCGCCCGAGUGCGCAGGGCUCGCCAAAAGCCCGGCUCCGGUUGA